AUGCCAAAGGUCCCACCAAUUGUCGUUGCUGCAGUUGCUCGUGGCUCCUCAGUAACAUCCGAGAGAUUGGCCGCUAUGCACCAAGAGGUCCUUGACCUUCUUCAUCAACACGAUGUUCAUCCCAUGUCGCUCUCUGCUGAUGGUGCGGACACUGAACGGUCUGUCCAACGGAUUAUCGCCAACUCUACUUCCGAUCAUCUAUUCUUCUGUAUUCCCAACAACGCACCAAACUGCAGUAUCGAGUACAAGCUGCCAAUCGCCUAUGGUUCUCAUCCUCUUGUUAUUACCCAAGACUCAAAGCAUGCAGCAAAAACUGCUCGGAAUCAACUUCAUACCGGAGCACGAAUGCCAACUCUUGGUCACUAUACAGCACAUUAUGCCAUGAUUCGAGAAGUUGCCGAAAAUCCCGCCUCGCCACUGCAAUCACGAGACGCCAAGGGUUUAGAUAAGCAGGACGAUCGUGCAGCCGCUCGACUUUUCAGUGCUCAAACCCUCGAAUUUCUCACAACCCACUACAAUGGUCGCCAUGGUCUUGCGAUAUAUCUCUUUGUUUUAGGCGAACUUGUAGAUGCCUGGCAAAACCGGAGUAUUUCCCAUCGUGAGCGCGUCAAGAUGGUAUUACGAGCCCGUUUCUUUCUCAUGGCCUGGCGCACCCAUAUACUUGCUCAUCCUGACCAUUCCCUUGACACCCAUUUCAUUUCUCGGCAAUCCUAUGAUAUCUUCAUAACUCUUUCUGACAGUCUUAUCAUGCUUAUCGUGGUUCAUCGAAAAUUCUUUCCUUUAUUUCCAUUACUCCCAUGGUUCCACUCAACCGAGCCUUGCGAGCACUACUUUGGGCUUCUUCGACAACUCAAGAUUGACUUUGCAUACAUCGAUGUGUUGCAUCUUGAACGCAAAGCUUCGAUCCCUUCAAAUGGGCGCUAUUGA